AAAAGCUGGGCACUUGGUGUUCUGAAGUCUACCAGAGGACAUCACUGGGUUUGUAGCUGGGACAGGGUAAUUCAAUAGAGCUAAAGUAGUAAAUUGCAAUUAUAUAUAACUGUUGUUGUAAAAAAAUGACUUCAUUCGACAUUAUUUGUUAAAUAUAGACGUGUGCGUAGGGUGAAGAGUAUUAUUAGUAUUUAGAUGCGUUCUUUAUAGCGAGGGAUAUGCGCGGUCGUUCGAUUACCAUGUUCUCUCUGACGCCAAAGCUCUCAGAACUCAGCAAACCAAAAUAACGGUUGAGGAUCAAAUGGCUAGAUUUGUCAUAUGGAGAGCAGAAUGGUUUUCGGUUGACAAGACACAAAGGAUGAGAGUUACUUAUUCGGGAAGCAUUACAGUUUUCGCUUUUCUACGGACAGAGGUGAUGGAAAACUCCUAAUCAAGUCAGAACGGAAUAAAACUCAAGUGCACUUCUUAUUUGGAGAUGAUUGUGUUAUUUCUCUUGUUCUCGUGGAUCGUGGAUGGGGUGGUUUCCCAGCUGCACUAUUCUGUUCCGGAGGAACAGGACCAUGGCACGUUCGUGGGGAAUAUCGCAGAGGAUUUGGGCUUGGACAUAACAAAACUUUCGUCGCGCAGAUUCCAGACUGUGCCUAGUUCGAGGAAUCCGUACUUGGAGGUGAAUUUGGAAAACGGGGGGCUUUAUGUGAACGAGAAAAUCGAUCGGGAACAGAUCUGCAAACAGAGUGAUACUUGUCUUAUGCAUAUGGAAGUGUUUUUGGAAAACCCACUCGAGCUUUUCCGUGUGGAAAUUGAAAUCAUGGAUAUCAAUGACAAUCCUCCGAGCUUUCCCGAGACUGAUAUUACCAUUGAAAUUACUGAAAGUGCCACUCCUGGAACGCGCUUUCCAGUGGAGAGCGCGUUCGACCCCGACGUUGGCACCAACGCGCUCCGCACAUACGAAAUGACCACCAACAGUUAUUUUUACCUCGAUGUCCAAACGCAGGGAGAUGGCACCAAAUUUGCGGAGCUUGUGUUGGAAAAAUCACUGGACAGAGAGCAGCAGUCGGUGCACAGGUACGUAUUGACAGCAGUAGACGGUGGAUUGCCCCAGAGGACUGGUACGGCGUUGCUUGUGGUGAAAGUUCUCGAUUCAAACGACAACGUCCCUGCCUUUGACCAGUCGGUGUACACUGUGAAUCUGCCCGAAAAUUCCCCGGUGGGAACCCUGGUCAUCCAGCUAAACGCCACCGACAUGGACGAGGGACCGAAUGGGGAAAUUGUAUAUUCGUUCAGCAGUCACAAUUCCCAGAGAGUGAGGGAACUGUUCAAUAUUGACGCGAGGACGGGUAGAGUUGAAGUGAUUGGGGAGGUCGACUAUGAGGAAAGCAACACAUAUCAACUCUACGUGCAAGGAAAGGAUCUCGGACCUAACGCUGUUCCUGCGCACUGUAAAGUUCUGGUCAAACUGAUUGACGUGAAUGAUAAUACUCCCGAGAUCAUUUUCAGCACCGUAACCGAAUCGGUGAGCGAGCAGGCGGCUCCGGGCACUGUAAUCGCGCUGCUGAGCGUUACGGACAGGGAUUCAGGAGAAAACGGACAGACUCAUUGCGAAAUUGUUGGAGACGUACCUUUCAAACUCAAAACGUCGUUCAAGAACUAUUACACCAUUGUCACAGAUGGACUGUUGGACAGAGAAAAUGCCGAUUCAUACACAAUCACAGUCGUGGCAAAAGAUAAGGGCAUCCCGUCGCUUGCCACUAGCAAGUCUAUUAAAGUGCAGUUGUCAGAUGAAAACGACAAUGCCCCGAGGUUCGUGCAGUCAAUUUACGAUGUAUAUGUGACAGAAAAUAAUGUGCCAGGCGCUUAUAUUUAUGCGGUAAGUGCUGUAGAUCCUGAUAUCGGACAAAAUGCCCAUAUCUCAUACUCCAUAUUGGAGUGCGUCAUUCAGGGCAUGCCUGUGUUUACCUACGUGUCAAUCAACUCGGAAAACGGUUACCUUUAUGCUUUGCGAUCAUUUGAUUAUGAGCAGUUGAAAGACUUCAGCUUUAUGGUUCAAGCUAAGGACUCUGGUACCCCAGAGCUAUCAUCCAACGCUACCGUCAAUGUUGUAAUAGUGGACCAGAACGACAACGCUCCCUCUGUCAUCGCCCCGCUUGGCAAAAACGGUACAGCAAAGGAACAUUUGCCCAGAUCUGCAGAACCUGGGUACCUGGUUACCCGCAUUGUGGCUAUGGAUGUGGACGAUGGUGAGAACGCUCGCCUCUCGUACAGCAUACUAAGAGGGAACGAGAUGGGCAUGUUUCGAAUGGACUGGAGGACGGGCGAAUUAAGGACUGCCCGGAGGGUCUCGAGCAAAAGAGACCCGCACCACCCGUACGACUUGUUGAUUGAAGUGAGGGACCACGGGCAGCCACCUCUCUCGUCCACUGCGAGCGUCAUCAUAGUGCUCGUUGACAGCGUCGUCGAAGGCCACAGUGGGGAUCGCGGAUCAUCCAAAGCCAAGGAGAACUCGCUGGAUUUGACUCUUAUCCUUAUAAUCGCUCUCGGCUCCGUGUCGUUCAUCUUUCUCCUGGCGAUGAUCGUACUGGCCGUCAGGUGUCAGAAGGACAAAAAGCUGAACAUAUACACCUGCCUGGCCAGCGACUGCUGCCUCUGCUGCAGCUCGUGCUGCAGCAGACAGGCGCGCGCCAGGAAGAAAAAGCUUAGCAAGUCAGAUAUAAUGCUGGUACAAAGCACUAAUGUCACGAGCACUGCCCAGGUGCCAGUUGAGGAGUCCGGGAGCUUCGGUUCCCACCAUCAAAACCAGAACUAUUGUUACCAGGUAUGUCUCACUCCGGAAUCUGCCAAAACUGACCUCAUGUUCCUAAAGCCCUGUAGUCCGACUAGGAGCGCAGACACUGACCACAAUCCCUGUGGCGCCAUAGUGACAGGUUAUACAGACCAGCAGCCUGACAUCAUAUCUAACGGCAGCAUUUUAUCCAACGAGACAAAACACCAGCGAGCAGAACUCAGUUACCUGGUUGAUAGACCGAGACGCGUUAACAGCUCUGCUUUCCAGGAAGCGGAUAUUGUGAGUUCUAAAGACAGCGGGCAUGGCGACAGUGAACAGGGAGACAGUGACCACGACGCCACCAAUCGAGGGCAUUCGACGGGUGCAGACCUUUUCUCAAACUGCACGGAGGAGUGCAAAGCUCUGGGGCACUCCGAUCGGUGUUGGAUGCCCACCUUCGUGCCCUCGGACGCCCGGCAAGCUGCAGAUUACCGUAGCAACCUGCACGUGCCCGGGAUGGACUCGGUGCCCGACACUGAGGUAUUUGAGAGCGAGGAGCAAACGGGCGAUAGAUCAUUCUCCACCUUUGGCAAAGAGAAGUCACAUCACGGCACCCUAGAGAGGAAAGAGUUUGAUGCGCUUCUGUCUGGCUCACGUGCGCCUUACAAACCACCCUAUUUGUCACGGAAAAGGAUUUGCUAGCCCGUUCCGCGUGGACGUACCGGAAACGGCGUGACUUUGCACAAAACCUGACUGACAAAAAGCAUCAACACAACCCCCUCCCCCCCAACAAAAUGGCCCCACCCCUCAACCAACCCCCCGCCCCGUCCCC